UAGCGAAGGUUACAAUUGUUUCUGUAAGACAAAUUGCCUAACUUUGAGAAAAAAUGCACUCUGAAAGAGGGCACUCGGGUUCACUGUCUAUAUAUAAACUCAGGAGGAGCGCGGGAGCCCAGAAGCAGACAUGCAGCCAGUUACAGCCAAAUUUCCACAUAUCCACAGAACAUCAUUUUCCGUGGAGGAUAUCUUGGAUCCAACUAGGUUUACCAGGAAAUUAUCCUCGGCUGGGGAGGAAUCUGCUGCAGUAAAUCAUAAUCCUAAAGAGGAAGAUGGAACGAUGGAGCCACCCAGAAGUUAUAGCCCAAAGACAUCACCACCGCUGAAGGAAAAGAGCCGUCGGAUCCGCACCUCCUUCACGCUGGAGCAACUGCAGGUUCUGGAGCGCAGCUUCCAGAGAACCCACUACCUGUCGGUACUGGAGCGGCACACCAUCGCCGCGGCCCUCCGCCUGUCCGAGACUCAGGUCAAGAUCUGGUUCCAGAACAGGCGGACCAAGUGGAAGAAGGAGCGUCUGAUUGUCCCUCGGACGGAGGCGCAGGAGGAGCAGCGCGGCUUCAUACCAGCGUUUCUGUCCCAGCCUGCGGUCUCUGCGCCUCUCUCCUGCAGCCCCCUGUCCUGUCAGCCAGCCCCUCCACUUCGGCUGGUUCCGACGCUGCCUCUCAUGCCCUACCGAUACUAUUAUGCAUGAUGCGUAAAAGUCCACAGCGACUCAAAAAAAUCCUUUAGAACACGCAGCGCCGCUUGGUGGAACUGUUA